AUGCGAUCUGGCUUGGGGAAACCCGGCGCGCUUCCGCUGCUCGCCUUGGUGGUCUUCUCGCUCCUGACCCUGGUGCCCUCACUGUCAAAUCUCUAUAACCUGAAGCUAGCCGACUUCAGCUUCCACUCAGGAACAGCUAGCCAGCUCCCUUUGCUGCAAGAUGGCGUGACCGAGCUCCCAAAAGCACACCCAUUCGAACCACGCGAACCAUGGCCUCCAGCAGCGCCACACCGUUCCCGCGUAAAUCUCCUCCCGCGCACAGUACGAGUAGGCAACUCUGCGCUCUCGACCAGCGAAACACUGAACAAAAGUCGACUUUCGCGCGAAUCCUCCUCAUUUAGCCGCCGCGCUCGCGCAUUCAGAUCUUACUUCACCCAGCACUGGGAAGAAUAUCCAUUUCUCGCAUCUUUUUCCAACCGCAGCAUCCUCGAAACGCAUCAAUACUCUCACAACAACUCGCCACCCCAAACCGACCCAAUCCCAAACACACAUAAUCAAACCAACCAACCAGAACAACCAGACCAACCGCCCAGCAUCCGCGAAAUAAGCCAAAAAGCAUAUCGCAGGGCCAUCGAGCUCGGAAAACAAGCAGCAACCCGUGGAUCGGAGUACGCCAGCUCGUUUUUUCACGCCAAAACAACAUUAAUACCCCAUUCGACAGAGAAUUCGACAGAGAGUCUACCGCCCUCGGAAGUCCAGAAAGUUGGAGCCGAGGACUCCUCUCAUGCUGCCGCCGGUCGGCACUCGAGGGAGCUGCAUGGAAGUUGCAUGGCUGUUGUUAUUGGCCUCGUGGCGGGAAUCAUGUGGUUUUGA